CAGCAAUUGCGGAAUACCUCAACACGUGGAGCACCUGCCAGAGCGUGCUGCGCCUGAAGAAGGGAGGCAAAACCGUGGGCUCCGCGUGCCUCGUCAAGCGCAGGGGCCGGCGGUUUCUUCUCACCGCCCGCCACUGCAUGGACCCCCAGCCUGGCGAAGUCAUUACCGUGGAGGGCUUCACGGUACUCGGGCACCCGCUCAGGCACGUCGCCAGCUUCCCGGCCAAUGACGUUACGGUGCUGCAGCUGGAGAGCAGCGUGCCCCUUCCCGAGGAGCUGCGGCGGUGUUUCUCCUUCGAGCUGACCGGCAGUAUCGGACUGGCGCGAGGCAUGGAGAUCAUGCUGGUCGGCUUUCCGCCGCACGAGUCCGUGGAGGGUGUCGAGCACUCCGACGACCCCCUGACCGCCUGGGGUCACGUGAGCUGGAUCGCAGACCUUUUUGAUGAGGCAGUCGGCAGCUACUCAGAAGCCCAUCCCGGCAUCAGCGGCGGCAGUGCUGUAUCCGGUGGCCCGCCCUUCCUGCACCUGGCCGGCUUGCACGUGGGAAUGAUUUCGCACGAGGAGGGGCGCAACCCGCAGGACAUUGCAGCAGCCGGGGACCUGCACGCAAGUGCCAGCAGCUACACGCCAGCAGCGCCCGGCUCGGAUGUGAUGGAAACGGAGAAGUGGUGGGAGAAGGGACCGGUCACAAGCGGCCGAAGCUGCGGUGGCAAAACACGGAAGAACAGCGGAUCGGCCGCCAUGCAGCAGGCGGCUCGCGACGUGGAGGUGCAGCGCCUCCUUGAUAACGUGCCGUACAAGGGGCAAGCAGGAGUCUUCAUCCCCGCGGGGACGCUCUGCGAGCUGCUGGACCGCUGCUGGGAGCUGGUGAGGCCUGAGGGCGCUAAGGCCUAGAUGCAUGCAGUGGGUGCCUGCCGUGGGUAGAUGGCUGCAUCCUCUGCUGCAGGCGCGGCUACUACAGUUGUUAGGUAUUGGUGUUGGGCCCACGGCGACGGAGGUAGCGUGGUGGUUUGGUGGAUGCCGCCUGUUUGCAGUAUGGCAGGCAUUAAAACACACGUGUCCUCAUGUCAAAGCACAUUAUUGGGACGCCAGAAGCACCGUCAAUGUUGUUGCUAGGGCCAAUGUUGUUGCGAGUGAGGGAGACAUGCAGAACACGCUUACACAGCCAGAGCGAUGGGAGUCUGGGUGGUCGUGGGUGUGAUUGUUUGUGUAUGAUAGAUAGGGCGGGCGGGCAGAGUAUCGCACAGAAGGAAACAGGACGUGAGUGUCUGUGUGUGUGUGGUGAAUCGGUACGUAUGCUGGAGUUCCGCUCGCUCAGUUGACACUGCAUGUUGUCAACUGAACAAGCGUGCCAGGUAACUGCAGUAAUGCAGGUUUGUGACGGCACAUUGAUUGAUGAUGGCAGGUGCGAGCGGGUGCAGAUGUAGGUAUCAGUGCAGCACCAGGUAUAUGACUGUGCUGGCAGCGGUGGCUGUUAGAUUGUCGGUUGGUUGCAGGGCUCCUACACACGCAGCAUGCGUUGGCAGGAAGCAGAUACCCCGUCAUCAUGUAACGAGGUCUCUGCUUCCCUGCCAAUGCAUUACUUGCAACUUCAGUGUCGCCGUGAGCCCAGUGCUGAAGUCCCACGGUAAACCUUCCAGGCAGGAUCCGAGUCCUUGGCUAGCUUACUCACAUGCUAUUCCAUUGCAAGUGCAAUACACAGGAUGCCUUCAUGCAUUGCAAUGGAGCCAUGGCAACUAACCCUCCAACACCACCUCUCUCUCCCUGCACAUAUCAGUCAUGGGUAUUCAGGUGACCCCGUUCCACCUUACUAGGCACAUGGUUUGCUGGCCAGCUGUUAGGCG